UUAUAAGGACGAUGCAUCGCUUUAUUGAUUGAGGGAAUAUGUUUACGUUUUCCUGAACAGUUUUCAAAUAAAUUCGGGAUUCUUUUAUUGAGCUUGAAAUAGGGACUUUCAUUUGUAUACUUAUUGUGAAUCUGAAAGAUGGAAAAAGUUGGAAAUUGAUCGUCGAAAAACCAAUGAAUGUAAAAUGGAUCCUAGCAGUACAAUGAACGAAGAGUUGACGGAGCUUCGAAGCCAAAUGAAUCUCAUCAUUGAAUACAAUGAAAAACAAGAAACUGUUUGGCAAGUCAAACUCAGUGAAGCUUCUGCUCAACUGAAUGAAAAGGAUUUGGUUAUUGAAAAAAUUACAAGAAAAAUUGAACUUUUGCAAGAAAAUAAUGUGAAGAAAGAUCAAAGAAUCUAUGAAUUGGAGCAAUGUUUUGAAUCCGAGGAUUACUGUAAAAUUCUUCAAAAAGAUACAAAAGAACUUGAAGAAGAACUGAAAAAAUACAAAGAUUUGGUAGAAAAAAAGAAAAAAGAGAUAUUUGCACUUGGGGAUGCAGUGUCUGAAAAGGAAGCUUCGGAUCGCAAGAUGGAAAAAAUGAAGAAAUCGCUCGACGAAGCAAAAUUUUCGGAGAAUGAACAUUUAAGAAUAAUUAUAUCCGAUUUGCUUGAUCAAAAAGACGAGUGGCAACCAAGGAAUACACAAAUAACACAAGUAACACAACUCAAUCCAAAACUUAUUUUCGGCGAGUCGGAGCAAACACUUAUUGAGAAAGUAAAAAAUAACUCAAAAGCUGUUGCAUCCCUAAAUGCCCAGUUGAAAAAUGAACUCAGUUACACCAAAGCAGUCCAUAAAAGGAUUUUGAAAGAUAAGGAACAAUGCAUUGAAGAACUUGAAAACCGAAUAAUGAAAUUGGAAACAUUGAAAGAAACUGAAACUUUUGAGGAGAAACGAGAAAUCAACAAAUCUGCAACUAAUGAACUAACUGACAUGGAAAUUUCUAAAUUUUCGAAGAUCAUUGCAACGGGAAAAAAUGCAAGAAAAUGGAAUGAAAUGAAAGUUCAAUUUGAAAGAAUCGACAAUAUUGUAAAUGGAUUGGAAGCGCGUUAUCAAUCGAUGUCUGAAAAAGUGAAUGAAGAAAUUAGCGAUGAAACUAUCGCUCGACUUUCAAGCUUAAUUGAAGAAAAGGAAACACAAGCUCAUAAUCUUAGCAUGACAUUACAAGCGUUGAAAGACAUUGGAAUUGAACCAGAAGAAAAUAUUCAAGAUGAAGGGAAGAAUGAUAAUGUGGUAGCAGAGAAAGUGCUUAGCUCAUCGGAUUCCACUGAUUCGCAAGGAUGGGAAAAAGUCAAUGAAGGCUCAGAUUUUUAAUUCUGUUAUUUUCUGCAUAUAUACCAAUUGUCUGACAUGAACUCACAUACUACCUCCACGCAUUAUCUACAUAUUUUCAUGUUUUAAUAAAUAAUAUGAUUCUGAAU